UUUGCAGUGGCGGCCGGUAGAGGGUAGUUCAGUCGGCCUCAAGAUGGCCACGCUGGAUCAAUGAAACACGAGUAAUCGUAGUAAAAUAGAAAUUAAAGUGAUACGGGUGAAUUUUUGAGAGUGUUCGAGGUGUAAAUGGACCAUGGGAAAGGAUCAGGAGCUGCUGGAGGCGGCGCGAAGCGGCAAUGUCACCGUAGUCGAGAAGAUUUUGGGUCAACGCGCGAAGAGGAGUGGUCCACUAGCAAGUUUACGCCGUGGACCAGGGGCGAAUGUUCAAGAUGCAAGCGGAUACUCGGCACUUCAUCAUGCAGCUCUUAAUGGACAUAGGGACGUAGUGAAAUUGCUGCUGCAAUAUGAAGCGUCGACCAAUGUCGUCGAUGCGAAAGGCUCCUCGCCGCUUCAUCUGGCAGCCUGGGCGGGAGAUGCAGAAAUUGUGCGAUUGAUCCUGUGUCAGGGACCCUCUGUGCCCAACGUUAAUCUUGCGACAAAAGAUAACGAGACGGCGUUGCAUUGCGCUUCACAAUAUGGACACACGGAAGUCGUGGCACAGCUGCUGCAGUACGGAUGCGACCCCAGCAUCCGCAACAGCCGUGGAGAAUCUGCCCUGGACCUCGCUGCGCAAUAUGGCAGAUUGGAGACCGUUGAACUUCUGGUGCGUACACAUCCGGAGCUGAUCGCCUCUCUGCGCAGUUCUUCGUCCUCGUUGAUCUUUCCACACACGCCACUUCAUCUGGCCUCGCGCAAUGGUCAUCGAGCCGUUGUGGAAGUGCUGCUGGCGGCUGGUGUCGACGUGAACACACGAACGUCUGCGGGGACCGCGAUGCACGAGGCUGCACUCUGCGGGAAGAUGGAAGUGGUGCGUGCGCUUUUGGAUCGCGGAGUCGAUCUGGGUAUCAGAGAUUCAAGGCACAACACCGUAUUGGAUUUGUUAGGACAAUUUCCGCCGCACGUUACCCAAGACAUUACAGCCGUUAUAAAGAGACACAGAUCCUCGUCCGGUGUGGAGAGUGAUGCCGACAGUGAAAAUUUACCACCGAUUCCCGUGCAGACUAACGACUCCCUGGGUAGCCCUUAUGAAAACGUACGUCCUGGGGAUGACCUUUCACCGGCAGAAGGAACCUCUCCCACGCAAUGGCAAUUCUAUCACAAGCCUCGACACGACGAUCGACGAAUUUCCGGCACUUCCGUCAUGUCUUUCGAAGACGAACAAAGCGGAGAACACGUCGGCGGAACUCGGAAAGUCCAGCAGCAACUUGAGGAUUCUGAAACGAGCUCCGUUUUCGAUAGUGUCAUUAUGUCCAUGUCUGACACACUCAACUCUAUUAAUACUUUCGGGAGCUCUGAUCGAACUCCCGAAGACAUGCCACUGAACACUAGUGUCGAUAUAGCACUCAUCAACACAACAGCAACAACAGCAACAACACCAACGACAACACCAGUAUCACUUGCACCGUCAGACACUACACGAGGAUCGGACAGCAGUCUCUACAACCAAAAUGUUGCGGGGCCUAGAGGUGCUAUGGAGGGUAGUUUCGUCUCCGAGGAUUUGUCCUUGACAUUGCCCACGGGAUUCGGGGGUGGCCGGGACUCCGACCAGUUGAGCGUCUCGUCCUCGUCAAGUAUCGGAGGGCCAAGUCCCCGCGAGCGACGUUGUUUGCCAAGCGAUCCCACUGCCGCUGGAAUUUACCUGCCGAUGGCGCCCUUGUCAAGCUCUCUGCACAGUCCAGCAUCGAACAGUAAAGUUUCGCCCACACCUCCGAAGAAGCCACCACGACGGAACCUGUCAGUCUCGCCGACGCAUCUCCAGACCCAGAUGUCACUUUCCGCCGAUUGCUCCCUAGGUCCUAGCAACUACGAGUACCUCUUUCUGGCACGUAGUGGAGCGCGCAGCCACAUCGACCUCGAGCAACUUCAGAACCGUCGCGACAAUUUGCGUCACGCGACGAGAAGCGUGGACCAGUACGUAGACAUGAAAGCGCGCUACGCCUCCAGCCGAGAUCCACGCGAACGGGACGCCGAGCCUGUCGCCAUAACCUCGAUAUACGAGAAUCGACCGAUCAAGACGCAAAAUCCUCGACGUAAGCUGCGACGACAUUGCGAGCGAGCAUACGAAAACUAUGAUCUAGAGAAGUCCAAUCCAUCCGCUGACAAGUCACCCUGCAGCGAAAGCUCCAUGAUGCCCAGUGCCGAGGAAACCUACGUCUCCAGCGCCUUUCUCACGCUCAAGUCAUCUCAAGAGAGUCUCCUCGGUGACAAACGUGAUGGACUCGUGUCUCAGGCAGGAGGAACGGAGAUUCGUGAGACCACUGACAAAAGACUACGUCGUGUACAGAUGCUAGUACCUACGAGUCCGACGCACUACGUGCAACCACCUACUCCAGAUCAUCCUCCGCCGUCGGCUCUUCAGGCAGAAAAAUCCAUUCACGAACGAAUUCGUCCGCUGAGUCAAGUGUAUAAACGACGUUCGCGCGACAUGGAGACCGAAACUGAGGAGGAUUUGCUGCAGUUUCCAGCUGGCGGCUCUUUGGAUGCGUCGAGUGGCUCCCUGUCGAGCGUCUCUCUUUCGGAUAAAAGCAUGUCGACGGACAACGUCGAGGAGUUCUUUGGAGAUGCACCCUUCGCAGGUUUGCUGAAGGGUUCCGUCACAGCUGAGCGUCCACGCACCCUACGGCGAUUGCGAAACGUUUAUGCGCCUAGUGGCUGCGCAAUGGGAACCGGAACCGGAACCGACUGUGCAGCCGAACGUCUCGAGGACGGCGACAUUGCCUUCCGGUUGUCUCAUCGUGAUCGUGAACGCGACGAGAAGUCUCUUAGCAUAAUGAGUCCUUUCGACGAGCAGGAAGAGUGGGCCAAGAUUUCAGAGAUCAUGGCCUCUUUUGGUACCGGUCUCGUAAGAGAAUCCGUCUUUGUGACCGAGAUCGAGAAGGAAUUUCAAACGAGGCUAGGUCUCAGCUCAGAGAGCAGCAGCAGCCCUAUAGUAUCUACCUCUGUAGGCCAAUGGCUCUCUAGUAUCAGUCUCUCCGACUACGAAUCAUUAUUUGUGAAUUAUGGUUUCGAUGAUCUUGGAUAUGUAAACGGAAUACUCGACGAGUCGGAUCUGAAAGAUAUGGGCAUUGAGAGCGAGAAUGAGCGCAGCAUGAUAAUGAGUGCGGCUGGUCAACUGGAAAAACGGCUGGAGAAGCGAACUGGCACGGUCAGCCAGUCUGUCGACGAGUGGUUGAAAAGCAUACAUCUGGAGAAUUAUGCGGAAACGUUCAGGAAGCACCUGUAUACUGACAUGGAACGAGUACGUCGAGUUUGGGAGGUUGAGCUGGCAGCCGUCCUCGAAAUUCAAAAACCGGCUCAUCGAAAACGCAUUCUUGCUUCUGUCAGUGCGCCCAAUUCGCGAGUUCAGACCCGCAAUGGUACUAGUGGUCCCAAUCUCGAGGACCUCAACAAGGAUCUGAAUACGCUGAAAACGAAUAUUCAGCAACUGAAGGACGAAAUUCGUGAGAAACUGCCAGAAACGGUGCAAGGUAACGGAGCUACUUUAACGAGCGGGGCAAAUGUUUCCACUACUUCAGCCACUUCAGCCACAUCAGGCACUUCUACCACCUCUGCUUCGUCGAGCGCCGUCAGCGGAACCGGAACUUUGAGGCAUCGUAAAAACAGACCGGCGCCCCAACCACCUCAGCGACCAAGUUCUCAUAAUGGUGCGAUCUCAGCUCCGGAACAGCUCGAGAUACGAGCCCCAUCAGAACUUCUCUUCGGAGUUCCGUCUACUCUGAAGACUCAAUGGAGGCAUCAGCCCAAGGCUCUAGUCACUGGCUGCGUAACUUACGUUGCCAAGUACUUGGGCUCAACUGUGGUCAAGGAGUUGCGGGGUACCGAAUCAACGAAGAAAUCCAUCCAGAAAUUAAAAAAGGCCUGUCACGAUCCUCGCGUCACACCCGACAUUACUUUGGCCAUUUCAUUUCGCGGUGUUCGUUUUCUGAACGCCCUCACCAAGGAACCAAUCUGCGAGCACGAAAUUCGCAAUAUCCACUGUGCAUGUCAGGACGCCGAUGACCUCACGCACUUCGCAUACAUCACCAAGGAUCACGCGAGUCGCACACACUUCUGUCACGUGUUCUGCGUGCCUACAAUGGACCAGGCUACCGAAGUCAUUCUGACACUGGGCCAGGCCUUCGAGGUGGCCUACCAGAUGGCGUUGAGGGACAAAUUGGGAAACCAAGCGAUUCGCUCGCAGUCAGCUAACCAGCUGACGAGUCUCGUUGGCUCGACAAGUACGACAACGGCUACGACAAUGAAAUUCUCGACUUCAUCAGAGCCAGCAUUUAACUCUGGUCAUGAUCCCGAGAGCAAUCCUAAUUCCAACUCGAGUUUCAAUCCUAAUUCAAAUCCCAAGCCCAAAUCUCGCUCCAAGCCCAAUCCUAGUUCGAAUUCAAACACCAAUUCGAAUUCGAAUUCAACAUCCAAUUCGAAUCUCAAUCCAGAUGUUAAUCUGCACUCUAAUUCCAACAACUAUUCAACUCCAAAUUCGGUAUCCAGUCCCAACACCAAUCCAAACACAAAACCUCUUGCGACACACGGACGGUCCCAUUCGGUCAAUGAUAUUAAAAUAAAUGGCAAUCAGCUGAAAUUAGCACCGAUGCCCGUUGACGAUAUCGGCAUCGGAGUGAAAGACAUGAAAGCGGGCUCCAGGGCUCCCAUUGCUCUUUCCGAGGAGCUCUAGUGCGCCAGGUUGAUCUUUUCGUGUUGAAAAUUGAGAUUCCGAUCGGCCGCUUUCUAUGAAACGUCUUUCGUCCUUACACUUUCGGGAUCCGAAGCGCGCUCACUGCGACUGCAGGAAUUUGACUAAGUUCGAUCACGUGUUACUUUCGUGAAAAGAUAUAGAACUGACUUUUUUUUUCAUUGUAUUAUUACCUCCUAGCGACGUGAAUCGUUCUGUUCUCUUUUUUAGUUUGUAAGUAAAUUUACAAGAACUACAAGUAGCCGUGAAUUGCUCCGCGGAGUCGCCAAUGUUUUGUUAGUUUUGUUAAAAUUUUAUUCCACCGGACUUUCGUAUAAUCUUCAUCGAUAAAGCGAUUAAUCGAUUAAAUAACGAGCAGCGCAUGCGCACGAUAAAUAUUUGUCAACUGCUCGGUCCUUAAGUGAGAAUUGGUACAUCAACGGCCUCGCUUAUUCGUGGUAAGUUAUUGGAGUUUAUCUAGAUGAAAGAUGUAUAUUCCGUUUUAAGGCGUCCAAGAUAUUUGCCAAAGGUAUAAGUGAUCGCUGUGAGUCAAAGUGCGAUCGUUGUUUUGAAAGGAACUGCAGCCUCGCGAAACGCUUACGAUGACCCGCAAUUUUUUUUAUAGCCAGAGAGAAAAGAAAUUGCGAAUAAUUAAGAACUAGAUUUUCUUCCCUUGGACUUCUUAGGAAGAUGCACGUCGGUCGGCGAUUUUUCUCAAGAAACUCUAAACAUUCCUGUAGAUCGAUGCUCGUAACGCACUCGCGUACGCACGUCCAACAUGUAGGACGGGUUAGGUGUUCGUUAAAAAAAAAAAAAAAACUUUUUGACCUGACGUCGUUCUAGACGUUCGGAAUAAAAUGAUUUUUGUAAAAUCGUUUCCAUAGAUCCGACAGACAAAUCGCCGUGACUAACGACAAGAUUCAGUGCGCACCAGCCGGUACUGAUUCGUAGUGUACUGCCUACUACGAGUAUACAUAUAUACAGUGGUAAGGUCACACGCCGCUUCACGAAUCUGUAUAUACAUAUGUAAGUGCAUAUGUCUUCCUGAGUAACCGGGAGGUAUAGUAUCGUAGAAUUAAUAUUUAUUACACGGAUAUCGCGACAUCGCGAUUCGAACGGGUAUAUAAUAACGUACCUAAGAUAACGAACAGCGUGCAGCUAAAGCAAGUCCACUGGCGUACCGUGCAUACCUAUAUAUUACACGUAUGUAUACUUAUGUAUUUGAAAAAGCAGCAUCGAACGUUGCCCUAUUAUUGGACGAAUGAGCCUAAAAGCUAUUGCGAUUGACGUAGUGAUAUUUGAAAAAGUGAUUACGAUUUAUGCGAGUAAUGAGAUUUUGAUUUUUGAUUACGUCGCGUGAUCUUGUAGAUGUAUAUUAAUCAGUCGGUACGGCACGUGGCUCGUGACCGCUGAAAGGAAAACCAAAGAGGAGAGCGAACCGCGAUUAAGAGUGUUUGAAUUUCGCGGCGUCGCACCCGCGCAUGCGCUAUGCUUUCGUUUAAGCACGUGCAUCGCCCGACGCGACCGAAGAACGUCUUCGAAAACUGAACUGCCAAAAAUACACCUCCACUUCGUGGUUAUACGCACACUUUGUAUUACUAAAUUUACAUUUAAAAAUUAUACCGAGACAAUGAAGUAACGUAGUGACGUUCAAUAAAGUUUACUUUAUUGAUAGAAUACGGCUGUACCAAAGUAUCGCGUGCGCGUCAUGCUGGGUUGUAUCUCUUUUAGACAUGAGAUCUGCAUUAGCAUAGAGAGAAUAUCGAGAUUCUCGUAUCGACUACCAGCCGAAGGCCGAGUCAUAUUCUUUUCAUACGAAUUUCUUUUAUUCUCGUCAUUCAGACUCGCACGACCUGAUCAGCCGACAACGCGAAGGUCCGAUCGAUUAUCGACAUAGCUUUCGAUAUGUCUGCUUUUUUUUUUUGAAUUUCAGACUCUUGGGAAUACAGGGCAGAAAGCCGAAGGUAUGUCGACUUCGAUGAAUGUGAGCAUGAAGAUCAACAUGUUUUGCAUUUUUUUUCGAGCCAUAAGAAAUUUGUUGUUCCAGUGUCUAUUAAACUGAAAAUUUCUACCGAAUGUUUUUUUUAACCUCAUGAAAUCAUCGUUACUGAUGAUUAUAGGUAUGACUGUAUUUAUUAUUGUUAUUUACGAGAUUCCACGAAUUUUUGUCACCUUUCAUAUAUCGUGUCUUUAAUUCCGAUAUUUCUAUUAUAAUUAGACUAGUGACUCGAAAGUUUUUUAUUGACCUUUUUUUUUAUCAGUCGUAACACUGUCUUCGCUUCGCUUAACCAGAUGGCGUGAAUCGGCCUUAACGUCAUUCGUAUGUCAGCGACUGCUCCUUUGAUAUCGCGAUGUCGUUUGAUGGCAAUUAUCUUCGUGCCAGUGGUGGUCUAAUGCAAGACGUGUCUAACAGCAAACACGAUGCAGUCUGAUUUUAGGCUGCUCGUUAAUCAAUUCUACAUGCAGGAACAUGGCUCACUUACACGAAAUGAUGGCGUCAGAAGCGAAGCAUUCUUAACAGUCAUUAUUGUCAAUUAAAUGACGUUAAUGUCAAGAGAACCUUUGUCUCGCAAAAUAUUGCCUUCAAGGGAAGAUGAAGGUACUUUCUGACCUGCCAAUGAAACAGCAAUUAUGCCUGCUUCAUUUUCAUUGGCUUCUCAUCAAAUUCCACGCAGUACACUCUGUGAAAAUUUGUCGCUAUUUCGAAUUCAACGUGCCAGUUUAGCACUUACCGAGUCAACAAAACUGUACUAUAUUUCUUGUGGCAAACAAAAGUUAAGUUAACCAAAGUUUUGGGGAGUCUAUUAAAAACAAAGGAGAUAUGUCUCUAUUAAAUAUUCUUCGCGUCUGACGUCAUUACUAUACAUUCUAUUAAUAGUUCUAUAUGUUGCAAUCGAGUGACGAGCAGACUUGUCAGUGACACGAAGCCGCAAGCAAGACUUGGUUUUUACAUGACGAACUUAAAGUCGUUUAGACUAUUGUAGAACUGAUGAAAGGUAACACAGCCUAAAUGCCAAAUAUUCGAUUAGGUGAUGACGCAUUGUUUUCACGUAGGGACGAAUUAUUUAUAACUGCGGAGCAGUGCGAAAAAUAAUGCGUACGGCACGACAUUGCUAGAAGUACUCUUACCGAAGUAUGGAUCGCAGCAAUCAAAUAAAAAAUUCUUUUUUAAAGAAAAAAAAGAAAAAAAAAAUUAUACAGGGAGUAGCGGUAUUAAACGAUGAGCAUAUUACUAGUGUAUUUGUCAACGGGACGGGAGCAUCAUUCGUGUUAGUUCUUAUUUAAUAAAAGUAUGAAUGUCCGUCCUGUGCACUGAUAAAAUGACGUAAUUAAAAACAAAGCAAAGUUUUCUUUUCAAAAAACAGUUCCACGCCAAUUCGCAAACACCAAUUUAAUAUCUAGUUUCAUUCGUUACGAAGCGCAUGAGAACAGGGAAAAUAAGAAGAACUUGUCACAUAAUUUUUGUGAAUUUCAUUUUAUUGAAAAAGAAAUGCAUUUUCAAUUACGUCGGAAUAGAGGCGGAUCAUUCAAGGGCUCAGAAGCCACUGUGUAGCAAUGGCAGCGAAUGCGCGUAGUCCUAUAGCGAAUGAUAGACGUAGCAUGAUAUAUAUAUGGAAAUAUUAUCGAAUAACGUUAUACCGUGUACGUCUCUUGUGAUAAAACUUCAGUUUCUCGCACUCGAGAUCCGUUUAUGACUUAGGUCGUGCAACGACAUAACAGAAAGUGGAACACUGGACCACUCGGGAUUCUCGUAUGCCUCUCGCACAAAUAUAUUCAUUCUCGGACCAAACAUUCAGCCUGAUGAAAAUAAUGGCACACACACAGACUAGUCCCGCGGAUCGUGACAAGGAAGAAUUUUCACGAUAAGCACAAGCUGCCACGAUGAUUCAGGCUCACUUCGGUACCAAUCGCACGUCAUUAUGUAUUAUAACGGUAGAGGUGAAGAAUUAUAACGUUAAUAUCGAUUAGACAGAAUAGAUAUUUAUUAAGGAAUAAAAUGAUUUCGUGGAUAAACGAGAGGCUGGAGGGGGAGGCUGGAGAUUAGAUGGAGCAGCUGGAUUAAAAUAUUGCCAGUUAAAUUGAAAAACCACGAAAUCGCACAUCCAUAGUGAUACUAUCAUUCGAUUAUCAAUAUCAAGACAUUAAUAUCGUUCCUCAUUGAUUAGCUUGUUUUUAAUCGUACAUUUAAUCAGCCAAUUAUUCUAUAGUCUACUCUGGUAUGUGAUUUUAAUUUUCUCUCAAAGCGCGCAGGAUUCAUCGAACGAAACGUCAUAGGAUUAUCAUAUUUGCAAUUAUUCGUGCAUAAUAAUAUUAAUCGACUGCGUACCGGAGAACUUUUUAUUGUAUUUUAUUUAUGAAUAAAACCUCAAACGGUAACUUUUAAGUAAUGGUCCGUUUUAACGAAUCACGCUCAGGCAAAAUAAGACUGCGGUCCAAAUUUCGUUGAACUUUGAUGGUGACGUCUUUUCCGCUAAGGAAUAAUAUCGCUAUAGGUUAUAUACCCAAAGAAACGAGAGAGUUCCUUUCGCAAAGAAUUUGGCGCGAUUAAUCGUUUUUUAUUGUUUUAAUAUAUAAUCAGGAAAUCGUAUUACAGUCAUGUUUCGCCUUUACUCGUUCGCAAUUAUAUAUAUAUAUACAUAUAUACAAUAUCGUAUAACGUGUCGAUGCCAUCGAGGGGCGUAAAUCCCUAUCAAGGGGAUUUGAUCAAAGCACCUAUGUAUUUUGCGAGCUGGUUCCGUUAGAUUCGCAAGCCACGAAAAACAUUAACAUCGAUCUUUGUUUAUUUUAAAUAAAGUGCUAAGCAAAGCUAUAUACUAUAAAUUCUCGUAAUACUUAUUGAGGUAGGCUCAAGGGGAUGUGUUAUGAUACUAUACCUAUUGAUUUUCAAGAUAAAGGGUGAACUGCUUGCAUAACGAUAGGGAGGGCACAUCCCCUCGCUUAAAUUCAAUAGUGCAGCAAUAUUAUAAAUAUCCACCUCUUUCUCUCUGUCUCUCUUAUUUCCUUUAUAAAAAGUAUCAGGUAGUCUUAUUAAUAACGUAAUCACGAUCUAAUCGUCUCUAUAACAGACUAUUGGGGAACUUGCCACUCUCGUUUACUUUUAAUUCGAAUAAUGACAAUAUAUUAUAUAAUCGUUCGUACUAUCGUACCGCUGCGAGUGCCGAAUAAUGUAAAGACAUAGUCAUACUAGCACGAUGAUUCGAUGCUUCAUUGAUCUGCCAUUGGCUCAUUAUUAUUCAACGAGCCGACCACAUAUGAGAAUCUUAGAUGGCAGGCGAUUAUUUCGAUCGGGUCGAUAAAGCAUUUUUUUUAUUUUAUACCUAAAUUUAUUUAUACUAUACAAAUUUGAGAAAUUUAUAUCGAUGUCUCGUGACGUUCGGUUGAUCCGCAAUGAAUGAUGCGGCUAAUUGAACGAUAUGCCACUUUUGGUAUUUAAAUCGUGCUAUUCUUUAUACCUCGUUCUGCAUUAUCCGCAAUUAUUUUCGAUAAGAGAUUCGCGCGCUAUUUCAGCACUCGAUAAGCGAUAUUGCUGACAUCUCGGACUGAAUUAUUUCACAAUCUGAAUUUACGGUUCUCCAUAUAUAAUCAUCUUUCUGUAAUCAGCUCGUUGGUAUCUGAUUUAUCUUGUCAGCAUGUUCCCUAAAGUUACAACGAUGCGAAAGAUAAGAAAGUAAAUGAAAAGAAGGAAAAAAAAGUGAAGGAAAGGAAGAAAUGAAAAAAAAAAAAAAAUUGAAGCAGAACUGUAUAUAGAAGGUAUUGACCGUGUUGUGAGAUAAACGUAGAUUCGUUUCGUCGAUGUGCAAUACUGUAAUUAACGAUAUUUAUUAGAGGGUAGGUCAGAUGGAAAGCGAAAAUGAUUUAAUGGCGCUCGCAUGGAAUUUGAGAUUGCCUUACGAUUUAGUAGCAUUCGAUGCUCAAUGUAAUAUCGAAGUAUUUCGAAUUCUAUUAAAUUUCAUCUAACGAAAGUGAUCGUUACUUCGUUCUCUAUUCGAAGCAACGUGAAUUUUGAAUGAUCACAUCGCUAUUGUCAAAGGCAUAUGGUAACUGUAUAGCAUACUCAUGGAAACUCGCUUUCGAACGUACCCUUUGUUAUUCGUUAUUACCGACGCAAAGUAUUUUGUCAAAUGUUGCUACGGUUGUGACGACCGAUCGUUCGAUUCAGCUGGAUACUUUACAAUUCAGCAUAGAAACAGGAACUGUAACACCGCGGGAGAAAUUGUGUGAGAUUAAUGGUAGGGACUGAUUGAAUGAUAUUGACCGUACCUAUAGCUAUACGACUCACGUAAAAGUCACGUAAACGCUUCGUUUCGCAGGUAACGUUGAAACACGUUACUAAUUCUGCAAUCACAAAGACAUUGACGUGCCGAUCCUCUAUUUAUUAUUAUUGCGAAGUCAAACGAUUCGAAGGCGAGCAAGGAGAACACGAUGGUUUUGUGGGGGCUAACGUUUUGGAAAAUAAUUUUUCAAAACGAUAGCCUCCGCUUUGAAUAUUUUCGAGUAAACGGACUGUAGAAGAAUCGUCGUUUAGUAUUACAAAAAAAGAAUAAUGUAGCUUCGUUAACGUUACGGUUGAGAUGGAAAUGCGAUUCCUUAUCGUUAUUGUCUUACGUAAUAAAAAUUUUGUUUAUGAAAAUAUUUUGUCUCUCGGUGAAAUUCUAAAUUCGUGCAUCAAGUGUUUAGAUAUUCAAAAAUAUUUUUGACCUUCGCGAAUCAAAGUCUUGGGAUUUAUUAUUAUGUGUUUAUGUGUAUUAUUUAUUAUGUGUUUAUUAUUGUGAAUUCAAAUUUAUUAUGUGGCUAUGUCAUUACUUUUCGGAUCUGCUUUAGGAUUUAUUUACGUGAGACCAUAAUGGUGGGGAGUCGAAUAAGGCGUGUCUCCAAGUGUACAGCUGUAAAUCGGAUAAUUGCGUUGAUAAAAGCGAAAUUAUUAGUCAGUGUACUUUGAAAUCAAAAGGAGAAAGAAAAUUCGUUAAUGUCUAUAACGAGAAUGUGACAGGUGCAUCGUUUUUAUGCUGCGUCCUGAUUAGCUGCAGACUUCCUUAGGUUCUUGUAUACACUAUAUUUAUUAUUGUUCAUGUUUAUUAGAAUUAUAUAUAUAUAUACAAAUAUAUGCGUAUAGACAUAUAUAUAUAUGUGUAUAUGUAUAUCAGAGAUUAUUCCCUGGAUAGGAUAAUGUCUCAUGAUACGAUAAUAAAAAACUACUUUAUGCGAA